AUGCCGUACGACGUCUCAGCUGCGGUAGAGCGUUUAUGGGACGUGAGCGCGAUCUUUAGAGUGGUCCGGAGGCUGCCGCAGAUCUACGGGCUGAAGCAAGACGACGUGAACGGCGUGGACCUUGAUCCGAAAGCGCUUGACCCCGAGUCUACUUGCUACGAACUAUCUGGCGAACGUUCUGGUGUACAAGGCGCAGCAGCAAAGGCUCGUGCGCAGAGGGGAUCCGAAGCGAGGUACAACCCAGCCGGCCCUCGGUAUCAGUUUAGGACGCCUGUCCUCAGAGCAGUGGGGCUUGGACCUUCCGAGCCUGGAGGCAUGGUCCACUCAGUGGACGUGACAACCCCGGAAGCCGAGGUGGAUGUUCUCGAAACCCGUCGGUACACCGAAACGCUUCACGCGCCAGGCUGGACGCCGUCACCAUCGGCGGCGGCGACUCAGCGAGAAUACGAGCCCAGCGGUCCCUGGCGACUUACCGCUCCCUUCACGCAGGCGUGGCCCGUCGACCGUGACCAGGAUGGCGAUGUCGACAUGGACGUGAACGCGGACGAACACGAAGACGGCAGGCGACGAGAAGAAGCCAGCGUCGUUCCGCCCCGCCAUAACAAGAGGACGCGACAGAGCGCGAGACUCGGAGCCGAAUGCCUGAGCGCGUCACGCCCGUGCAAACUUGGCACUUCACCCGUCUCCCCAGAGUCCAACUGGCACACACAGCGUCGACUGCGUCUGCUCGCCGACCCGCAGUGCAUUUUUUACCCGCAAUCGCGCCACGGCGCGAUCGCGGCCAGCGUGAUCGCGCGACGCGCGUGGUGCACGUGCGAUCACGGGCGACCGGCCACCACGUGCUCUGGCCGACCCAGCCACACUGACGCCCACGUCGCGCGCGCCCCAACAUUCGCUGCACGUCCUAAGUCACUUCCUGCUACCGUCUCUCACCCGCCUCACUGCUUCUUACUCGCUCGCUCCGCUAUCAUGGUUGGCCGGUACGAUCUUCAGCAAUUCACGAUGGUCCAGUUCUCGGCUCUCGCAAAACGGCAAGACCUCACCGACGCUGCCCGCAAUGCCGUUCUCCAGCGGGUCUACGACAAUGCCAUCUUCGACGAUGUCGCGCCCAAGCCAAAGGAGUGGAACGCGGCGAAGCUCAAGGCUCUGAACCGGCUCCUGCGUUCGCUCCUGAACAGCGCGGUGUCCUGGCAGACGUUCCAGCACAUCGUCGAGUACCACAUCCUCCGGUCAGGUAAAUACGACCAGUUCCCUCAAGUGCUCGCGCGGUGCUACGACUGGCAAUAUCCGACCCCGCUCCCGCCCGAAGGCAAGUUUCCGGAUACGAUGGAAGAGUAUUUCGACUGGAGGGGCAUCAAGUGCAUGACGUACAACGAGGACAGCACGACCGAGACCUUGGAGGAUUCGUUCACGCUGUUCAUGAAACAGUGGAUAGACGGGCCGCCGCUCUCUUAUGACACUGACGACUACAGGCUCGGUACCGCGCACCUCGUGGUCCUCGAGCGCGUGACGGAUGCCGAGCGCGAGGAGGCGAAAAAGGAGUUGGCGAAGGAGUUGGCGAAGCAAAAGAAGAAGAACGCUCGCAGGGAGCAUUCCCCGCCGCCGCCUGAAUUCGACACUGUGCUGUUUGGUGACGACCGCUGCGAAACGUGCGUUGCGGUGCCGUUGGUGCAUGAACAAGAAGGUCAGAUGUUCUCUGACGGAACGCCUCUCGCCGGCGCCCGCGCUGGCGCCUCGUCACUCGUCACCGCCAGGAUCGCCGCCCGCUGCACCGCCCCGCGCCGCUUCGGCUGUGCCCUCCCGGGAGCCGUCGCGUUCGCAGUCACGCUCGCGGUCCCGGUCGUCCUCGCGCUCACGGUCUCCUUCGCCGGCCCGCUCCCGCUCCCGCUCGCAGUCCCGGUCCCGGUCGUCUUCGCGCUCGCGUUCGCGCUCGCCGGCCGGCUCGCAGUCCCGGUCGUCCUCCCGCUCCCGCUCGCGGUCUCGUUCCGGCCGUCUUCACGCUCGCGGUCGCGUUCGUCUUCGCGGUCGCGGUCGCCUUCACCGUCGCAGGCCGCCGUAGCUAACUCGCGAUAUCCACCACGGUACCGCGUGCUUCUAGACCAGGGCUCGCGCAGUUCACAAGGCCUGGCUGAAGAUGACGAUGAAGACCAUCGCUCGUCUGCACGGCCGCCGUCGCGCCAUACCGGGAGUUCGCGAGCCCGCACGCCUUCCGACUCCCUCUCCGGCGAAAUGGAGGUGGAUUCUAGGUCGGCAGGGAGGUCGAGUCCUGUUGACGCGAUGCCGGGACAGGCUGGCCCGUCAAAUGUUGAACGUCGCGGGCGCGCCAAACGUCAACGCGACGACGAGCUGGACAUCGAGGCCCUGACGCGCGAGGUGGAGCGGUCUGCGGGGCUGUCUAUGGCUGAACGGCUGGACAUCCACUACGCUGUGAUCGGGAAGCUCGUCGGCGAGGUCGCGAGGCUGCGGGGUGCCGUCCGCGCGACGCAAAACAAACGCGUCCGAUACACCAGCGAGGAGGUUUGA